AUGGUACGCAAGUCGAUAGACAGGCUAGUGGUCCAUCAUGAACAAAAUACAAUUCGCAACAGCGUUCACCGGGCACCGAUUGUCCUUGAGGCAACCGAAUACGCCUACUUCACCCGCUCAGCAUUCUAUAACCCGCCGAAGGACAAUCCGUUGGCCUUCGUCUCUGCCCCGUCAUCCCCGGACAACUUACUUUCUGAAGCAUAUGAGUACGGUUGGGCCAAGGCAGGCGACAAGUUCUUCAACAUUUACAGCCUGGCGACAUCUGAUCGUCACCCGUUUGACGACGAAAGUGACCAUCAACUUUACGAACUGAGAGCCACCGGAUUCACUUAUGACCUGCGCGACUCCAUUGAUUAUAAUUAA